GCCCCCGUGGGCGGGGCCUGGGGAAGCCGCGGGCGGUUGGCCGUAUCUGGAGAGCUGCUGCCUCCGCUGUCGCUGUUGCUGCGGUAGCUGCAUCCCAGCGUCCAGGCCGAGGCGGAGGCUGCGCGUUUGGCGAACGAGCCUGAUCUGCGCCUCUCGGCUGCACCGGCCCCUGCGGUCGCCUGAGUGUCUCGGCUGGUGUGUGCACUGCCCCGGCGAGGAUGCGGCUGUUCCGGUGGCUGCUGAAGCAGCCGGUGCCCAAGCAGAUUGAGCGCUACUCUCGCUUCUCCCCGUCGCCGCUCUCCAUCAAGCAGUUCCUGGACUUCGGGAGAGACAAUGCGUGUGAAAAAACGUCAUACAUGUUUCUACGGAAGGAGCUUCCUGUGCGCCUGGCUAACACCAUGAGAGAAGUUAAUCUUCUGCCGGAUAAUUUGCUUAACCGCCCUUCAGUGGGAUUGGUCCAGAGUUGGUAUAUGCAGAGCUUCCUUGAACUUUUGGAGUAUGAAAAUAAGAGCCCUGAGGAUCCAAAGGUCUUAGAUAACUUUCUACAAGUUCUUAUUCAAGUCAGAAAUAGACACAAUGAUGUGGUUCCUACAAUGGCACAAGGAGUGAUUGAAUACAAGGAGAAGUUUGGGUUUGAUCCAUUCAUUAGCAGUAACAUCCAGUAUUUUCUGGAUCGCUUCUAUACCAACCGCAUCUCCUUCCGCAUGCUUAUUAACCAGCACACGCUUUUGUUUGGUGGUGACACAAAUCCUGCUCAUCCUAAACACAUCGGAAGUAUCGAUCCCACCUGCAAUGUGGCUGAUGUCGUGAAAGAUGCGUAUGAAACCGCCAAGAUGUUAUGUGAACAGUAUUACAUGGUAGCUCCUGAGUUGGAAAUUGAAGAAUUCAAUGCCAAAGCUCCAGGCAAACCUAUUCAGGUAGUUUAUGUGCCCUCACAUCUGUUUCACAUGCUAUUUGAGUUGUUCAAGAACUCAAUGAGAGCAACAGUUGAACUCUAUGAAGACAGAAAAGAGGCCUACCCAGCGGUUAAAACCCUUGUCACUCUGGGUAAAGAAGACUUGUCCAUUAAGAUCAGCGACCUAGGUGGUGGCGUCCCCCUUCGAAAAAUAGAUCGUCUUUUUAACUACAUGUAUUCCACUGCUCCUAGACCGAGCCUGGAGCCUUCAAGAGCUGCCCCUCUGGCUGGAUUUGGUUAUGGCUUGCCAAUUUCUCGUCUGUAUGCUAGAUAUUUCCAAGGAGAUCUAAAACUGUAUUCUAUGGAAGGAGUGGGUACGGAUGCUGUAAUUUAUUUGAAGGCUCUUUCAAGUGAAUCAUUCGAGAGGCUUCCAGUAUUCAAUAAGUCAGCAUGGCGUCAUUACAAGACCACACCUGAAGCGGAUGAUUGGAGCAAUCCCAGCAGAGAGCCCAGAGACGCUUCUAAAUACAAGGCACAACAAGACAAGAUCAAGACUAAUAGAACUUUCUAGAGAACUGAAUGCUCUGGUCCUCUCUGUGAAGAAAGAUCAUCUUCCGCAAGUCAACCUCUGAGCUCCUUUCCUCUACCAACUCUGAGUGUGACACCAUAGUUACUCCAGUACUGGACCUUUCCCAGAGAAACUUCCAUGUAGCUACUUCAGAUCUUCCAACUAGCGUAGUAAAUUGAGUACCUUUAUAGUAUGUUGUGAUUUGGUUGGUGCCUGUCAUAAGAGAGCACAGAGCCUCGUGAGCGCUCUCGUGUCCUCAUACCUCUCUCCUCAUUAUCAUAGAGUCAAAUGUCUACAGUGUCCCCAGGCUUCUAAGCUCCCUCCUCAUCCCAGAUACAGAUCUCUACUGUUGUACUUUGUGACCAAAUACCAUGUUUGUCCCAAACCACUGACUAAGGCCUGGGGAAUUGAAGACAUUAGCUGAGCGAUAAUUCAAUCCCAGGGCCCUUCUCACAUGCAUCACUCCUCGCUCUCUGAUGGAGAGUUUUGCCUUCUGCCAUCUGAUCGUAUUCUCAUUGUGAGGUGUGUGUAUUCCACGUUUAGUCUUUGAUGCAUUUGUUUUAUUUUAAAAUCCACGUAUAUGCUUCUAUUAUGUCCAUUAAGCCGUUCCAAAAGUUGUCUUGGAAUUUUUCACUUAACUGCUUGGCUUCAAAGAUCUUAAGUGAAAAACUACCUUCUGGUCACUGUCAAGUUUGUAAAGAGUGGGAAGUAGAGCUUUUAUGCUUAUGUAAACUUUCUACUAACCUAAUACUGUACCUUUGUCAUAUGAUACUGCUUUGUAGUUUCCUAAGGAAUUGAAGUCCUUGUGUGAUGUACUUCACUAAUUGUAAAAUAGACUAAGGGUAAAGUUCUUUCUAUUUUAUUUUGGAAAAUGCCCUACAUCUUCAUCAUUUUCAUUUUCAUGAAUUUUAGCCAGUUUUAGAAUUGCCGAUCUGAUUUUCACAAUCGUUUGCUUUUGGCUGAGAGUUGGAAUUGGCAGAGGACUUAGGUGAGGGAAAAGGAGCCGUUAUUAUUGCCCCAUAGAAAUGGAAGCUAUCGGAGAGUCCGGAUUACAACCUGCCCCUUACAUAGCUUCACGGGGUGUGUUUCUUUCAUUUCAUUAUGCGCUAGUUCCCUUCAUCUUUAGAAAGAACUCGCUCAUGUCUUCCAUCCUCAGAGGAUCUCAUCAGAGACGUCAUAAUCAGUUAGGUAGAAGAAAGGCCACUGUACAUCCAAGACAGGAAUGACAAGAUGGUCUUUAUGGAGGCUGAGUCAGUGUCUUGGGAUAGGGCUUUUCCACCGGAUUAUUUCCUUGUGUAAAAAAAUGUAGAAAUAGUGGUUCUUUGCAUUUAAAAGCCCUGGCUUCCUUAUACAUGUUAGCUAGUAUAUGAGUAUCUUCCUAGGCCACUAUUUCUAACAUACUCCUGCCUUGUUCUGUUUCACUGUGCUUGAGGCAUGCCCUUUGAUUGUGAUGCCCUUACAGCAAGAUCCGUGUAAAGGUUGAAGAUGGGAGAUAGGGUAUGGGAAAUCCUCUCACAUUCCUCCCUUUACCGAUCUUUUCCAAAAGAAAAGAUUUUUUCUAAUGUUUUAGUGGCUUCAUUUGUAGUCCUUCAUUAAUAUGCUUUCUAGUUGACUCAUAUCCAUCUGACCCAAGUACAAUCUUGCCUCCUAUUUGUUUUCUGCAUUAAGAAUUUAACUUUGCUCCCAAUGUAACCAUGAGCAGAGUUUCAGGAACAUUUGGCAUUCUCACAGUUUAGUGACCCAAUAUUCAUUUAUUGUUUUUGUUGGCUAUGCAUGAUUCUUUGAACUUCCGUGCAUCCCGUUGGCUGUUUGAUGGGUUUGUUUCUGAGCAAAUGGUCAGCUGUCUAUCUAUAAGUUGUAAUAUAAAUAGGCAUUGACCCCUUUCCUGCGAAAUUCAUUUAGUUUCCUCAAUUCUAUUGUUUGGAUUUCAUUGACUUGAUUUUAUUUUAAGUAUUUAGAGACUGUCUACUAUUUGGAACAGUGCCAGGCACAUAGUAGGUGCUUAAUAAAUAUUAGUGGAAUGAAGGAAUGCAAAUUGAGAGACAUUAACCUUGUGUGGAGGGCAACAUCUUUAAAUUCUUAAGCUAGCUUUUGUUUCCAAAUUAAAAAUCGUUCCAUUCAAGAGCUGUGGAGGUACUGAAUUUCCUAUUCAUAGUGCUAAGCAGUGACCUUGAAAUGUAGAGAAAUGAAAGAAAAGAAGUAGGGAUGGAUCCACAGAAGGUUUCUGAUCCUUUUUUUGUCUUUAAAUAUUCAUUUUGACUCCUUAAUACAGUGGGUUAUUUCCAUCCAACCGAAUGGCAUGGUUUUAUGGCCUUGCUUGUAGAUUCCAAAGAACUUUCACUCACAUAGAGCAUCCCUUGAUCCUUACUGUGCCAUGAGGUGGACCAUGCAGGCAUUAUCUCUGUUUUUCAUGAGUCCCAAAACAGUGCAGUGUUUGCCAAGUGGCGUGGUAAGUGAAUGGAAAAAACCAAAGAGAGUAAUGGGUCUCCUUAUUCCUAGACCUAUACACUCAACAAUGCACCAGGUAGUUAGUAUUAUCCUUUUUUGAGUGUGUGGAGAAGAUAGAAACCAGUUUUUCUAUAGUGCAAGAGAAUUCCAUUCAGUUUUCAUUUUGGCAUGGUUAGUUAGAGGAGCCAAUCGAAUAGAUUUGGCAACUUUCACCGAGGAAGACAGGCAACUUAAAGUGCAAGGCAGUCAGUAAUUGCUAGAGUUCUUUAGAUUUAAUUUUAUGUUUGAAUGAACUCAGUGCUCUCUGCCAGCCAUUCACACAAAGACUCCUCAUUUGAGAGUUGAUGGUUUUAUCUUUUGGAGGACUGGUUGCAGCUUUAUUUAGAUUUUCUUGCUUAUUUACUAAUGUUACAGUUCCUUAUGUUUAGUAACUUGGCUGCCUCUCAGGUUCUUGGGUCACAUCCUUUGUCCCUCCAUUCUUUGGGCACCUCACUUUAUUGUCUUCUAGUGUCUGCUGGUACUGAGCCAAGUCUAGAUCUUUCAUCCCCUUUGCUAGAUGACCUGCUUGAUUGUCUGCGGUACUUGUGAUUUCUUGUUUAUUCUUGAAUUCAGUAACUUCAUUUGAGUAUGUCUCAGAGUUGACAGUCAUCUGUUGGCUUUUUCUGGUUCUCAAUGAGCAUUAGAUACUGACAUUUGGGCCUAACAGUAUUUCUUUUUUAAAAAAAAAAUUUAUUUACUUUAGAGAGGAAGAGAGAAGGAGAGAGUUAGAAACAUCAGUGAUGAGAGAAUAAUUGAUUGGCUGCCUCCUGCACGCCCCCUACUGGGGAGUGAGCCUGCAACUCGGGCAUGUGCCUUGACCAAGAAUCGAACCUUGACCUCCUGUUCAUGGGUUGACGCUCAACAAUUGAGCCACACCAGCCGGGUUUGACUAUUUCUCACUGGUUUAUUUGUUCUCUUCAAGUUUGUACCAGCAUUGGCUCUCUGUUAACUGUCUUUCACAUUUACCUUUCAUUCCAUCACUGUCGUCUCCUUGUCUUUUUUCCUGCGGUGGGAUUUCUUUCUCGUCUCCCAACCUUCCAUCUCACUGACUCCGUUUUCUGUAGUGUUAAUCCUAGGUCUUGAUGCUUGCAAUGUGGCUUUCACUUCUGCCCCCAAGUUUAUUUUUUUCUCUGUUUCUUUCCUUAGCCCUACCAGCUUUUUUCUCUCAUCAUGUUGUCCUCUUUGGCUCCUUAUUCUGUUACUUUGGAGGCUGAGCUCUGUUGUCUACAUUGUUGGGGUUUCUGAAAUCAUUCUCUUUCCACAGUAUGUUUAUCUGUCUUUUGUUUCAUUCAUUCCUUUUCUUCUGUGUUGCUUUGCUCCGUUAUUGUGGCACAAGUAUGACGGCCUUUUCUGCUUAUUAUUCUUCAUUGCAUGGGACCAGUUCUGUCUGCCCAAGAAGAGUAUGGAGAAAUCCUCCUUGACUCCUUUCUCAAGUAAGAAGAGUUUGAAUGAUCACCUUAGCACUUGAACUGUAAGGCCAGAUCUUGAUGGUCUCUAAUGAUGAGGCUGUUGUUUUGCUUUUCGUUCUGCUCUCUGGAUAUGGGGGAACAGGGGAUGCAUCAAAGCCCCCUUGGGCCAUGUUGUCUGUGAGUGCCUUUCGUGGACACUGUGAGAUCCUCUGCCCAGGAGUAGCCAUGUCCCACUGAAGAAGAGGGAUUCCCCUUGGCUUCCCCCAUUUCUGCUAGAUGUCGCACUAGCAGGAGUGCAGUGGGUUCGUACUUAGGCUCUGCUGGAGUCUACGUACAGCAGGUCCUCGAAUAACAUCAUUUCAUUAUAACAUUAGUGAGGUGCCAUAGGAACUUAGCUCUUGUUGAUAUCAGUUAGCCUAUGGGAAAAUUGCUUUUGUUUCACAUCGUUUCACGUCAAGCCAAAGACCCUAUCAAUGACGUUCAGUGAGGACUUAGUGUAGUCAGCAUUUGUGGCUCCUGAGUUAGUUUCUCUCCACUGCACACAAAUGGUGCAUCUGAGAUCAACCUCCCCUCUUAGGUUUGCUUUUGGAAGUGCACCCAUACAGUAUGCAUUCAGCUUCUCCUGCCUGCCGCCAGUCCUUGUUUCUCCAAGUUCAGAAGAAAUGAUUGGUAGAGAGUCCUUUGGAAUGCUCUCAGGAACAGCCCAGCAACUGUGGCUUUCUUGACAAAUUAAAGAACCUUCCUUUGAUGAGUCCCCAGCUUCAUUGGAUCUGUCAGACACUCCCCUCGAGUCUUUGGUAUGUGGUGGUAGCUUUUAUUAGUUUCAUUAUAGGCAGCUUUUUCAGUUUUUGGUUGAGUGUAUUGAAAGGGCAGGGGCACUUAGAUAAACAUGCAUUUAUUCUGCCAUCUUUCCCAGUGGUCUGGGUGCUUAAACAUUAACUUUGAAGAGAAUGCCCUUCAUAACCAUAAUCUAUGUUAGUAAACAGAAGGACCCAAUAUCGCUAGCAGGAGGAAGCUUUAAUAACUUGAUCAAUAUGGGAUUUUUGUUUAUUGUUCUUAGUGGGAAGAUAACUUUUAACUCAAAUUCCUGUUUGAAUGAUUAGAGAUAGCAGUGCCUUCUGGUUUGAAAGUAAGGGACAUGUGACAUUUUAAUGAAUGCAAGAUGUUAUCAGCCAUUGACAAUUAUUUAUUAGUUAGUUAAAUAUGAUAGAAUAUUUCAAGCAAGCGUAUAAUCAGAGUUACCAAGAUAAGUAUAAACUAUUUCUUACUAACAGUUCACUACUUGAGCUGCCCCACUGAGGGUAGUUACCCUUGUGAGAGCUUUACUGUGGUACAGGUUUUCUUACCUGUCUUUUCAAUCAACCCAUUUUAUAAUUUGGUUCAUUAAGAAAUAGAAAAGUUAAAGGCCUCAUCAGGAUUAUUUCUGUGAUUCGUGCAUGAGCGUUUAGAUGGUUUGUAUAUCUGGGGCCUACUGCAGGAGCACACAAGGUAAUGUUUCAAAAGAGCACUGGCAGGUGGAUCAUGGCGUGGGGUUAUGUGGCCUGUUUGUGGGACCUCCUUUCCUUGUGGCCAGCGUGUUAUACUCGGCUGACUGUUUUCACCUUCAGGGCUGAGCAUAAUGACCAAAGAAUGUGAAUGACAGCCUGGCUGCCUUUAGUUGGGGACUAAUCAAACUCCACUCUAUGCAGUGCCUUCCCCUAAGGUCAGAGCAGUUGCCCUGGUUCUGUCCUUGUGUGAAAUGGAGACUUCAAAACAUGCCCACAUGUAAGGGACAAAGGAAGUUAAAGUGGUAGUCAGAGGAGUGAUGUCAAGGAAAGUCAUGUUCAUUCCUCUAUUUAAAUAAUAGUGAACAUCUACGGUAUGCUAGCAACUGCGCUAAGUGCUGGGCAUGUGGCAGUGAUCAAAGCAGACAGAAGUCCCUGCCUCAGGGAGCUUAUGUUCUAGUAGAGGAGACAGACAAAGCCUAACACAAAGGAAGUUUCUAGUAUACUUGGGAGACAAGUGCUAUGGAGAAAAAUAAAGGGGGUGAAUGGAGGGUACCAACUCUGUAAAUAUUUUCAUUGUAGAUAGGAGUGUUCCUUAGUGAUUCCUGAAUUAUUUCACCUUUGUAUCUUUUUUAAAAAUCCUCACCCGAGGAUAUGUUUUUUAAAAUUGAUUUUGAGAGAGCGAGAAAAGGAGAAAGAGAAACAUCGGUGUGAGAGAAACAUCAAUAGGUUGCCUCCUGUACGUGUCCCGACCAGGGAUUGAACCUACAAUCCUAUGAUGUACAGGACGAUGCUCCAAGCAACUGAGCCACCAGCUAUGGCACCUUUGUAUCUUUUUUAAAAAAUAUAUUUUUACUGAUUUCAGAGAGGGAGAGAGAUAGAAACAGCUUUGGUGACUUAUUAACUGGCUUAGUCCUUUGUUGGGAACAGUAUUAAGCUCAGUCUGGGAACACCUUGGCUUAUAAGUUUUAGGCACUCACAGCUUUUCUUUUCUUUUCUUUUCUUUUUUUUUUUUUUUUUUUUUGCUUUGCAAACUUGAUCUAAUCUAAUAAUUAAUGAAUAGUUAAAAUUAUACCUAAAUAUUUGAAAAAACCACAUAAUUUUGUUUCAACAUUUUCUGGCGUAACUAUAAUUUUGUUUCAAUUACAGUUGACACACAAUAUUAUAUUAGUUUCAGGUGUAUAAUCCAGUUAUUGGACAUUAUAUAACAUAUUAAGUGGUCACCCUGAUGAAUCUAGUACCCAUCUGGCACCAUACACAGUUAUUACAUUAUUAUUGACUAUAGUAUUCCCUAUGCUGUACUUUACAUUCCCUUGACCAUUUUGUAACUACCAAUUUGUACUUCUAAAUCCCUUCACCUUUUCACCUAGCCCCCAACGCCCCCAUCUUUUAAAAUCCCAGUCCCCCAACUCUCUCCCCUCUAGCAACCACCAGUUCUCUCUCUGUGUCUAUCAGUCUCUUUCAAUUUUGUUAGUUUAUUUUGUUCUGUAGAUUAACAUAUAAGUUAAAUCAUAUGGUAUUUGUCUUUCUCUGACUUCACUGAGCACAAUACCCUCUAGGUUCAUCCAUGCAAAUGGUAAGAUUUCAUUCUUUUUUAUGGCUGUGUAAUAUUCCAUGGUAUAAGUAUAUCACAGCUCAUGUAUUCACUCAUCUAUUGAUGAGCACUUAGGUUGCUUCCAUAACUUGGCUAUCCUAUAUAAUAAAA